AUGAACACAGAAGCACAUUUGACUUUUGGAACGGUGGCAUUUGCCUUCUUUGUGCCACUCUCAAUAGCUGCCAUGGAGUUGGUAACCAUUCCCAAAGAAUUGAGCACUGCUACAGCUAGGCUCUUAGUUAGUUCGACCAGCUGUAGUGUCACCUGUGGCCUGGGUUAUAAGGUAGAGAAAUUAUGUGACAUUGGAGCAGAUGGCAAAAGAAGAUACUGCACCCAACGUCGAUCUGAAUGCUUGACCAACUGGCUUUGUGGAAUGCAGCACUUCACUGUCCUUGUCGGUAAGCCGUUUAAGCUCAGCUGCCUGACCACUGAGGAGAUUGGCCCUGAGACUCAGAGCUUUCGCUAUACCUGGAGGCUGGCCAGAGGUAUCAUCACCACAGACGAUGCUCUUUUUGUGCCUUUCAAGACUCCCAGCUACAUCAUUGAGCUUUCCCCAGCUGAAGAAUACGAUGCAGGGACUUACAGAUGUGAUGUGCAGUUCAUGAAAAACUAUAAACUAGUCAAGAAAAUCUAUUUUGGGCUUCGCGUGAUCCCUGGUAACUUGGUGGAUCUCAACUUUGAAAAAUCCUUGAUUCAGGAACAGAAACCAGAAGCUGAGAAAGAAAAUAACCAGCAGAACACAACCAUUGUUCUUCUCAAGUGGCAGCAUUAUUCCUGGCGACAAAGAGCGUUGCUGUUGUUUCUGGUAGGCAUUGGAAGUGGUGUUUUAGGAGGGGUCUUGUUGGGUACCUUUCUGCAUUGUUUGCUGAAGAAAUCAUAG